AUUGAUAUUGUAAAUGUUGCGCUUUAUUGCUUUCUCUUUACUGCUGCUUUGUGCGGGAUGGUAGAUUUUUAUAGCUAAACAUUUCCUCUUUUAAUGCCGUUGGUUAUUAGCUUACUGUGUAGUAAAUAGUACGUAGUGACCUUCUCAAAAGAAAACUCUUGGAAGGCACUUAAGUGCACAUAAGUGUAUUGUACUUUCGAGUACCCUUGAACUUAUAGAAAGUAAAUUUGUCUUAAAAAGAAUUUCUUUUAAAGUUUGAAACAAUUUAAAGGCCACAGCUAUUUUCCGCUUCUUCACAAUGAAUACCACAUCACCAAAAUCUUCCUUAGCCAAAUUGUGCAUACACACCACGAAACAUAAAUCCUUAAAAGUGAUGGUGCUAGGACAAAGUGGAGUUGGCCAAUCAGCUAUGGUGGUGCGAUUCAUUACACGUCCUUUCAUUGGUGAAUACGAUCCUAAUCUGGAGAAGAUCUAUACACAUAAUACAACAUUUGACAAUGAACUUAUACAGUUUGAUAUAUUGGAUGCUGCUGGACAACCAAAUAAAGAGGAUUGUGUCAGCUUAGACUCGAACAUACGUUGGGCGGACGCAGUUAUACUAAUGUACUCCGUUACGGAUAAAUGUAGCUUCGACGAAUGUAAUCGGCUGAAAUUUUUGAUUAACUACAAUAAACGACGACGUAAACUAGGAUCAAAUAGUAAGGAUUCACUCUCCGAUGUGCCAGUGAUUUUGGUUGGCAACAAAACCGAUCAAACGGGCGAUCGCAUGAUGAACAUCGAUGAGGGUCAACGACGUUUUCGUGUGCUAUCAUGUGCCUGCUUUCAUAAGAUUUCUGUGAGAGAAAGUGUAAAUCAAGUGCAAGCAGUUUUCCGCGAUGUAUUUCGUUUUUGGCGCGUCUUCAGCAAAUUUCCCAAACUGAAACGUUCCACCAGCGAUGUACAGAAUGCAUCCGAUUCGGCGCUAAGCCCGGACUCUGGUUGUUCUUUCUACGAUUCAUCGUCGUUUCACAACGAAACACGCAGAUCCUUCUUCAUAAUCGGCAACGCCUGCCUCGAGGAGAACGAUCACACCGAGUCCACCGACGAGCUUGGCUCUGGCAGCUUAUGCAGUCCACGCAGCGGCAUCGACGCACCAUUCCCCAGUAGAGCCUCCACAGAUGGCACAUUGUUGUCGCGGCCGCGUCGCUGGCGUUACCCACCGCCCGGCUGUCUGUUGCCACACACCAAUCGGGUCGAACGGCGUAUGAGUAUUUCGACACGCGGCAGCAACGCCAGCUAUUCACUAGUGAUUAAGUGCUGGGGGAACUCAGUGCAGCGACUUCUUUUUCUAAAACUACAUAUUUAAGAGUAUAAAAACUUGUAUUGCUUGUUGCUUAGAAAAUUUCGAAGUCUUGCUUAUGUACAAUGAAAUUUUUUUUAACUAUAUUUGUGCUAUAAAAAAAGAUGA